AUGGCGCCCAAGAAACGAAAAAAUGAAAAUAUUGGGUCCUCUUCCGCCAUCACCACCAGGUCCGCCACCGCCUCCGCCACCAGAGUUACCCGGAGCUCUGCUCGUAAAGCCAAAACCACCAACCCAUCUGCCGCUGCUGACCCAGGACCACCCAAGAAAAAGAAGGCCAUAACCACUUCCACCAAGAAAAAGGCUAAAGCCCCACGAGCAUCACAGCAACCGGCAGAACCUGAGCAGGCGGUUCUUGAAGGAUCCAAGACCAUAGUCAUCGAACACUGCAAGCAGUGUAACUCGUUCAAGACUCGAGCUAUUCAGGUUAAGAAUGGGUUGGAGAAGGGGCUGGAGGGCGUCAACGUGGUGGUGAAUCCCGAGAAGCCGAGGAGAGGCUGCUUUGAAAUUCGUGAGGAAGCUUGGAAAGAUGUGCGAUGUACCUCUUUCUGGCCAUUUUCAAGAAUGGCAGAUGCUUCUGCUUCUACUGUAGAGUAG